AAGGGUAACAGGAACGGAUGGAAGAGAUGGUUCCAGACAAGCAUGGUAACCAGAAACCUCUUGAUGUUAAUCUGAGCGUUUCUUAAAGCUUAGAAUGGCAAGAGUUUGUUUGGGGUGUAAUUGGGUGAUUAUGCCAGAAAUUUAGCUUUUGCAUAAUUUAAGGGACUGAGAAUGGAAUACAAGAAUGAGCCCAUGGACAUCAACCUCCAAAGCCCAGCCGCAAAAUCUCCAGCGCCGCCACCGGUGACGCCACCGGUGACGCCACCGUCCUCCCAAAUAUUGCGUCAGUGGAGACCGGCCGCUCAAAGGAAUCUCAAAAACCAGUGGUUGAAAUUGUUUUCUCUAUGGAACGACUGGCUCUCUUCCUCCUUUACUGCUCACUCCCACGCCACUUCUCUAGUAAACUCUUAUCUCUCGCAGAGGUACAUGGAUGCAAUGGAAUUUGGAGUUUUGAGUGACAUGCCAGAAUUACAAAAGAAAGCAUGCCACAAGUUACACAAGCAGCAGGUGAUCAAUAGGGGUCAGCUUUUGUUGACAUACAAAAGUAUGGUAUGUAUGCAGAACAUGGUCGGCAUCGUAACUCAGAUGGUAAAGGCUUCUAGAUCUAUGAGGUGUUAUAUCAAAGGGAUGGGCAACGGCCCAAUUGUACAAUUUUCUUGCAACCCUGCUGAUGAUGAUCAUCAUCAGAUUGACAGUCGUGGUGAUGGUGGUGGAGUUCCCGUAUUCUCCUUUUUGUCAAUAUCUUCUUUUGAGCAACUGGCAGAAGAGUUGGUUCAAAUGUUAAAAUCUGAAAUGAAUUUAAAGCGGUUACUGGUGAUGGAAUUUUGCUCCGUUGAUGACAAAGAAGACAACAUUCAUUGGUCUGAAGAGUUGUAUCUAGGGGAGUUUGGUGAUCUCAUUAUAUGCGAUUUGUAUUCUAAUGAACCAAUUUUCCCGGGUCAAACAAAUUGCAAAUCAAGUAUACCUACAAAUUCACCUCUUGAUCAAACUGAGAGGAAUGUUCUCCAGGUAUACUUAACAACAUGGCUUGAAGAAGUGAAACUUGACACGUUUAGGAUUGAUGAAAUAUUUUCUAUAGUUGGAGAGGAAUUGCAUGUGACACUCUCUUGAAGUUCUUUUUGGCAUGGAGUCCGGAGCUACACAACCCACUGACUGCUUUAUUUAUUUUCUUGAUUCUUUAUUAGUAUUGAGCAUUUCAUAAGAACUCGGCUGCAGAAGCAAUUGUUGAAUGAAUGUGAAUUCAGUGUUUUACAUUUCAAGGAACAAUUUAACAUCUCACCACUUAACGGGUGAGGGGUAACACUGCGUACAUCCGACCCCCUCUUACCCCACCGUAGGUGGCCUUUGCGGCACUGGGAUUAGGGGUGGACUCGGGUCCGGGUCGGGCCUAGGCCUGAGCGGGCCGGCGGUUCAGGAGUGGUGGACCCGGGACCGGCCCGGGUAACCACCGGGCCGGGCUGGGUCCAUUAUCCAUUUUUUUUCCCUCUUCCUAAUUAACCCCCCUCCCACCCC